UUCAGAAUAUCAAGGUUUUCCUUGAUUGCUCUAAGCGUUACAUUUAAAUGACUCAAUGUUGUCGAGAGUUGUCAAAAGCAAAGGCUUGGGGUUGGUUUGUGAUCCUUUCUGGCAUUUCUGUGUGUCACUACUUUAGUGUGCGUCUUUGUCAGAGAUAUACAGUGUGUGGUUGCUCUGUGAAGUUUGAAGAUUAAGCUACAGCAAUUUGCUUUCUCAGUUAUCUAUUCUGAAAAGAAACAUUGAGGAUUGAAGAACAAGGAUGUUUUGUGCAUCAUCCAAUGUCUCUCAGGUGGAUAAACUCUUGCAAUAUUAAGCAAAUCACCUUAAUUUGAGGGGCAUUGAAUUGGCAAACUGAGAGAAAAAGAAAAGACUAGUGGGGCAUGCUUUGGUACUUCAGUUUUGUUGGUCGAGUCAUGCUUUCAGUAAACAAGCUUCUUGUGUGAUCAUAAGAGAUUCUCGAAGUUGUUGAGGUUAUUGGGGUGGUUGUUUUUUUGUGCCUCAGAGUUUUCUAAUGGAGUCUUAGUUUAUAAUUUACGGAUCAUAUGAUUGCAACUGCUCCACCACAGCCUUAUAAUUUUCUACGCUGAUAUCGUUUUUCUAUUUUACCAAUUUGCAUCUGGGUCAUUUCUUUGAAGGCUUGGUUUGGUUUUGUUGUGUUCGCCUACCAAACCGAAAUCAUGGUGGAAGAUGGUGAUGAGGUUGCAGUUGAUGCACGUUCCACAGAAGACUGGUUGUUGCAUGCACAGGAACUUGUUCCCGUUGUUCUUGAUAAAGCAAGAGAGGCCAAGGGAUUUGCCGGUAGAUGGAAGAUGAUCAUUGCAAAAUUGGAACAGAUCCCGUCACGAUUAUCAGAUUUGUCAAGCCAUCCAUGCUUCUCAAAAAAUGCUCUAUGCAAGGAGCAGUUGCAGGCCGUGUCAAGGACGCUUGGGGAAGCGAUUGAAUUAGCUGAGUUGUGUAUGAAGGAGAAGUAUGAGGGGAAGCUUCGGAUGCAGAGUGAUCUAGAUGCAUUGACUGGGAAGCUCGAUUUGAAUUUGAGGGAUUGUGGGCUUUUGAUCAAAACCGGUGUGCUGGGUGAGGCUACUUUACCAUUGGCUGUGUCAAGUUCUGUGGCAGAAUCAGAUGUUGCAACACACAUAAGGGAAUUGCUGGCGCGUCUUCAGAUUGGGCACUUGGAAGCAAAGCACCAAGCUUUAGACAGCGUUGUUGAGGCCAUGAAAGAAGACGAGAAGAAUGUUUUAGCGGCUCUUGGUCGGAGCAACAUUGCUGCUUUGGUUCAACUGCUUACAGCUACCUCUCCCAGGAUAAGAGAGAAAACAGUAACUGUUAUAUGCUCGCUUGCAGAAUCUGGUAGUUGCGAAAACUGGCUGGUUUCUGAGGGGGUUCUGCCACCUCUUAUAAGGCUUGUUGAAUCCGGCAGUGCGGUGGGGAAGGAGAAGGCUACGAUAUCGCUUCAGAGGUUGUCUAUGUCAGCCGAAACAGCACGCGCAAUAGUGGGGCAUGGUGGGGUUCCUCCGUUGGUUGAACUUUGUCAAAUCGGUGACUCUGUGUCACAGGCUGCGGCUGCUUGUACUCUGAAGAACAUAUCAGCUGUGCCUGAGGUGAGACAAACUCUGUCUGAAGAAGGGAUUGUGAGGACCAUGAUCAAUCUGCUUAACUGUGGUAUUCUGCUAGGUUCCAAAGAGCAUGCUGCAGAAUGUUUGCAGAAUCUCACUGCAAGCAAUGAGAAUCUAAGGAGGAAUGUGAUAUCAGAAGGUGGUGUUAGGAGUCUUCUGACAUAUCUUGACGGUCCACUUCCUCAAGAAUCCGCUGUCGGAGCGUUGAGGAAUUUGGUCGGAUCGGUCCCUGAGACAUCCUUGGUCUCUCUGGGUUUGGUCCCCCGAUUGGUUCACGUGUUAAAGUCCGGAUCUUUAGGUGCCCAGCAAGCCGCGGUCGCCGCCAUAUGCAGAGUUUGCAGCACCACAGACAUGAAGAAAAUGGUUGGUGAAGCUGGAUGCAUCCCUCUCCUUGUGAAAAUGCUUGAGGCCAAGUCAAACAGUGCUAGAGAGGUUGCUGCUCAAGCAAUUGCAAGCCUUAUGGUUGUGUCUCAGAAUAGGAGAGAAGUUAAGAAGGAUGAUAAAAGUGUGCCAAACUUGGUUCAGUUGCUUGAUCCGAGUCCUCAGAACACUGCAAAAAAAUAUGCAGUUUCAUGCCUUGGAUCACUUUCUUCAAGUAAGAAAUGUAAGAAGCUAAUGAUCUCGUAUGGGGCAAUUGGGUAUCUCAAGAAACUUACUGAGAUGGACAUUCCAGGAGCUAAAAAGCUGCAUGAACGGUUGGAAAGAGGGAAAUUAAGAACUUUUUUUAGCAAGAAAUAGAGAAAAAAUUUGUUAAUUUCCUUUUUUGUACCAAGAAGCAAAAUGCCGAGUUGCAAACUUGAAUGAAACAAGUUUGUUAAUCUAUGUAUUAUAAUCAGUGUUAGUUUAUAUUAUAAAUAUUUAAAUUUCUGUACACUUUUUUCUUCUGAAA